AUGAGGGCACUUUUACGGGAUACGACAUUUUUUAGAUUUCCUUGUGCAUGCAUUUUGAUCAUUUUGUUUGCCAUUACUAUCGAUAUUGUGAAUUGUACUAUAUUUUAUGGGCAAAUUGAGGACAACGCGCCGGCUGGAACAGUGGUCGCUGGGUUUCUUUUACCUUUGGGAGCCAAAUGCAAAGAAUCAAACUUGCCAGAACGGAAAACAAUUUUAACAGGACAGGAUUCAUCAGAUUUUUCCCUAGAAUAUCAGAAGAACACUGGAUUCAUUUUAAAAGCAACCAAAACUUUGGACAGGGUAUUAAAAUCGAGCUAUACGGUGAUCGCUCAUCCGCCAGACUGCAAUAACGCGACUGAAGAAGUGACAAUAUAUAUCGAGAUAAUCGGUAUAAACGACUACACGCGACAGUUUAACGUACAAAAUGAAAGGAGGGAGCUUCACGGCGAUGUUCAAAACCGAGUUAGAAAGCCAAGAGCUGUUUCUGAAGAACUGUCUUACACCGUUACAGCUUCUGAAGAUGUGAAAGUCGGAGACAUGAUCUUCACGGUACCGGACCAGAAGUUCGAGAAGAAGUGGUUCGAGAUGCUUUCUGAAGGGAACUCACCGGUCCGGAUAGAAAGAGAGUCGGGACGCGUGUAUUUAGCACACCGUUUGAUGUCAGCGUCCGAGGUCAUGGUUAAAAUCCAUAACAUGAGAGGUGAUGAAUGGUACUUGUGCAGGCUUACUCUGACUCUCCCCAACCUCUCACAUCUGCAGUGGGCCAUGUUCCCUUACCCCUACCUGGCAGCCGUGGGCCCUGACACUGGUCCUGGUUAUGUGGUCUACAAGCUUGUGGCCCGAAGUGGUGAUGGCUCAGUGGGAACAGCUCACUUCUUAUUGGUGGACGGUGGCGAAGAUUCAUUUGAAGUAGACCGAACCACAGGAGAAUUGAAAACCACAGGGCGACCACUGACACCCAGUAAGGAGUACACCCUGACUGUACAGACCGUGGACUCGCAGGGCAGGAAGGGUCCACAUGCCUCCGUGUUCAUACUGGCCGGCUUCCGGCCCCCUCAGUUCAUCAACACCACCUACACCAUCUACGUUCCGGAGAGCACUGGGGUGGGCCAAGCGGUGGCAUUGGUCCAGGCUAUCUCAUUCCAAAAGAAGAUGUUGUCCUAUAUGCUGUUGGUGAACCCAGGAAACCUUUUCAGCAUAAAUCAGGAGAAUGGCGCCCUCAGUCUGACGCGCACUGUGGACUAUGAGAGUGGGCAACAUCUGCACCACCUGCAAGUCAGAGCAUCCGAACCAGACACAGGGCUAAGCAACAUGGCAGAGGUGGUGGUACACAUCACAGAUGAGAACGACUGCACACCAGAGUUUAUGCACUCUAUUUACAGUAGAGACAGUGUCCCUGAGAACACUCCUCCUGGUACCUCCCUACUGAAGGUUCUGGCUCGCGACUGUGAUACUGGCCUGAACGCUGAACUUUCUUACUUCAUCCAGAGCAUGGACUUUGAAAUCUCCUCUCAGGGAGUGGUAAGCCCCAGUCAGAGGUUGGACUACGAGAGACCUAACCACAUGUAUGAGUGCACGGUGGUGGCUGUGGACAAGGGAACGCCCCCUCGCACUGGCACCGCCUCCAUCCGCAUUCGCAUGGCUAACGUCAAUGAUGAAGCCCCCAUCUUUUCACAGACUAUCUAUAAAACCUUCCUUUCUGAGGAUGCUGGUCCUGAGACACUGGUGGCCAUUGUGCAUGCCAAGGACCCAGAUGGGGACAGCGUGACUUAUGCUAUCACCGGGGGAAAUGAAGACAGCAACUUUGAACUCGACAACCAGAAGGGCAUCAUCAAACUUCGCCGCAGCCCUCCACCUAAACUUCGUGGGCCUCAGUAUGUCCUCAACGUCACGGCAACCGAUGACAACUCAGCUGGCGGGUCACUCCCUCUCAGCAGCUCCGCCCAGGUCAUCGUUGGCAUCAAUGACAUCAAUAACAACAAGCCAGUAUUUAAUGAGUGCCAUAACUACAGUGUGAACACUCUAGUCCUGGAGAAUCAGCCCCCAGGCACAUUCGUCCUGCGCGUGCAGGCACGCGACGCUGACACCGGGGUUAAUGGGGAGGUCAAGUACGGGAUCAUGCAGAGAGAAGGGGCCUCACCGGGAUUCACUAUUAACCCUGAUACAGGUGUGAUUAGUACGGUGGCAAGUUUUGACCGGGAGAGACAGAGGGAGUACACACUGUCGGUCACAGCUACAGACCAAGCUCAGGAGCCCCUCAUUGGCAUCUGUCAGAUCACCGUCCUCAUCGCUGACCAGAACGACAACGACCCAAAGUUUGAGAACAGUCGCUACCAAUACUUCCUGCGAGAAGACACGCCAGUUGGCACCAGCUUCUUGAGAGCAGCGGCUCACGAUGAUGACCAGGGUACCAAUGCAGCCAUCAUUUACUCUCUCUCCCAGCAGAACCCAGCUUACUUUCACAUCAGCCCUAGUACGGGAUGGAUCUACGUCAACCACCCCAUUUCACAGACAUCACGGAUCAGUCAGCAGAUCAUUGCUACAGAUGGAGGGAAUCGGAGCAGCUUGGUCGACCUCACUGUCAUCAUCACCAACGUUCACAACCAGCCCCCGCAGUGGGAACAGGCAGAAUAUUGGGUCACAAUCCCAGAGAACACACCACGUGACUCCAAGAUAGUGACCAUAAAGGCAACGUCCCCACUUGGUGACCCCAGGGUGACCUACAACUUGGAGGAAGGUCAGGUUCCCGAGACCAACAUGCCUGUGCGCUUCUACAUCAAACCUAACCGGAGGGACGGUUCUGCCUCUAUCCUGGUGGCAGAGAAUCUGGACUACGAAACCACACGUUUCUUUACACUCCGAGUGCGCGUGCAAAAUGUGGCGGCUGUACCGCUAGCUUCCUUCACCACUGUCUAUGUCAACAUCACAGAUGUAAAUGACAACGUUCCUUUCUUCAUGUCAUCCACGUAUGAGGCAACAGUACCUGAGGGUGCAGAGAUUGGCACAUCAGUGGCACAGGUCUCAGCUUCUGACCUGGACUCUGGCCUCCAUGGCUUGAUUAACUACAUUAUUCUAAAGGAUCAAAGUGGUGACUCGCAGUUCUUUAGCAUUAACUCCUACACAGGCAUCAUCCACACUCGGGCUACCUUUGACCGUGAGCAGAAAGGCUCUUACUUGAUCGAGGUCCAGUCUCAGGACAGCUCAGAGUCAGCCCGACCCAGCCAGCAGGGCCAACCCAACACAGAUACAGCCUACGUGAGGGUUUUUGUCACUGAUGUGAAUGACAAUGCUCCAGCCUUCUCUCAGUCUGUGUACGAGAUCAGUGUGGAGGAAGACAAGGAAGUGGGCUAUGUGGUCAUUACCGUUACAGCUAACGAUGAAGACGAGGGUGCCAACGCCAAACUGCGCUACCAGAUUACAGCGGGAAACACCAUGGGCGCGUUCGAUGUGGAACCAGUGGUUGGUACAAUCUUCAUUGCCCAGCGGUUGGACUACGAGCUGGUGCAGCGCUAUGAGUUACGGCUGGUCGCGUCAGAUGGAAAGUGGGAAAAUCAGACAAUGAUUGUCAUUAAUAUCAUCAAUCAGAAUGAUGAGGCACCUAUUUUCACACAAACAGAGUACCAUGCCAGCGUUGCAGAGGAACUUAUGGAGCUUCCUGUCUUUGUACUAGAGGUCUCUGCCACAGAUCCAGAUCAGGAGGCGGACCAGAGUGCAGUGCGGUAUUCUCUACAUGGGCAGGGUGCUGGCAGUGAAUUUACCAUAGACGAGUUUAACGGUAGGAUCUACGUCCAACGGCGUUUAGAUCGCGAGGUUCGUUCGGCCUGGCAGUUCCUUGUUCUGGCCACCGAUGAGAAUGGGGCUGGUCUUACAGGUUUUGCAGAUGUUCUAGUCGAUGUGCAGGAUAUCAAUGACAAUGCACCUGUCUUCCUGUGUGCCACGGAUAACUGCUUUCUGGGUCACGUACCUGAAAACUCCCCGGCAGAAACUUCCAUAAUGGAGAUGCGGGCCACUGAUGUAGACGAUCCAAAAGCUGGCAAGAAUGCUAUCCUGACCUACAAAAUUGUGCAGAAUGUGCGCAAUGAGAUCAAUCUUAAUCUCUUCUCCAUCAAUCCAGCAACUGGCACCAUCUAUACCGUUCUGCGUUCUUUGGACAGGGAAGUGGUGGACAGAUAUCUUGUUGUGGUGGAAGCUCGGGAUGGAGGAGGACUCUCCGGGACAGGAACAGCCACGAUCAUGGUUUCCGAUGUAAAUGAUCACCCUCCAGUUUUUACCCAAAGGGUCUACAUGACCUCUAUGCCAGAGAACUUGGACAUCAACAGUGAGGUAGUGGUAGUGGCUGCCACAGAUGGAGAUGAGGGUGAAAAUUCAGUCAUGACCUUCAGCAUUAUUGGCGGAGACGAAGACCGCAAGUUCUUUGUCGAGACGGACAAGGUGAACCGGCGUGGUGUGGUGAGGCUGAAGAAGAAGAUUGACUUUGAGAAGCCACAUGAGCGAACUUUCAACCUGACUGUCAAAGUAGAAGACGCUGACUUCUUUAGCCUGGCUUACUGCAUCAUCCAUGUUGAAGACUCCAAUGACCAAGCGCCAGUCUUCUUCCCACAGUUCUACGAAGCUGGUUCCAUGUUCGAAGAUGUUCCAGUCGGCACUAUUGUGGCUCAGGUGACAGCCGUGGAUCUGGACUCAGGUCAAAAUGGGAGGUUCACAUAUAGUAUUGCCCCAGAAUCUGACCCCUUUCAGCAAUUUUUGGUUGACAAGAAUGGUUGGGUUGUAGUGGCUCACUCUCUGGACAGGGAAAAGAUGUCCCAGCAUAGGCUCACGAUCUUGGCCACAGACAUGGGCAGCCCUGCACUUACCGGUUCUGCCAUUGUUCUAGUGACCGUACAAGAUGUCAACGACAACGGACCAGAGUUUGAGGCUCCAUAUCGGCCCAUUGUAUGGGAGAACACCAUUGCUCCACAAGUCGUUCACAUGAAUGACACUUCGGUUCUGCUACAUGCAAUUGAUAGAGACACAUCAUCCAACGGAGGGCCUUUUUCCAUCCGCCUACUGAUGUUGACUUCUGAUGUUACCAACUUCAACUUGACUGACCUGCGAAAUGGCAGUGCCAUGAUAACCACCCUCCGCACCUUUGACCGGGAACAGCAGAAGCAGUACCUUCUCCCCAUCCUGAUGAUUGACAGUGGCUCUCCGUCAAUGAGCUCAACCAGUACACUUACUGUCAUUAUCGGAGACAAGAAUGACCAUCCCCAUGCACCUGGACACAGCGAGUUCAUAGUGUACAACUUACAGGGUACACUCCCCACCACGGUACUUGGACAGGUUCAAUCCCCUGACCUUGAUGAUUGGAGUGAAAAGGUGUACAAGUUCGAAGGCAAAUCCCCCAGACAGUUCAGCCUUAACCAGAACACUGGUCAGCUAAGCAUUAGAGAAGGGACGCAGGCUGGAUUCUAUAGUCUGCAAGUGAGGGUGGCAGAUAAGAGCUGGCCUGACGUCAUCUCCACGGCUGAGGUCACAGUGAUGGAGCUGGAGGAACAGGCACUAAGGAACGCUGGGUCUAUCAGACUGGCCAACAUGACUGCAAAUGAGUUUUUCCGGGCAUCUGCGAACGGGGAGAGCCGAUACAUGCGUCUCCGGCACUUCUUGUCUGAGCUCUUGCAGAAAGACCUGGAGAACGUAGAUGUCUUCAGUCUGGCCAAUGAAAGUCAGUCAGCCCCGCACCACCUCAGCGUGUGGUUUACCACUCACGGCUCACCGUACUACAUGCUGGAGAAACUCCACGGCUAUGUGGCCAUGCACAAAGCCAAGUUGGAAUCGGCUCUGGGUGUGACCAUUCUACAGGUGGGGGUGGACGAGUGCGCCUAUGCAGGCUGUGGUCAGACAGGCGGCUGCUCUAGUAAAGUGACGUUCAGUGAUACCCCUACAGUACUGAACAAUGGAAAUGUCUCUCUGGUGUCUGUCUCAGCCAAAGCAAGUGCUCAGUGUGGCUGCCUGGCCAGAGAGAGUGUUCAUCUGCACUGCUCUUCAUACCCUCAAAACCCCUGCCUGAACGGUGGCACCUGUGUGAAUAGUGAAUUGGGUUACAGGUGUAAAUGUCCCCCCAUGUUUGACGGGCCAGAGUGCCAGCAGACCAAACACAGUUUUCUCGGCAAUGGUUACGCCUGGUUCCCUCCUAUAAAGCCUUGCUUUCAGAGCCACAUCUCUCUGGAGUUUAUCACAGAGGCAACCAGUGGCCUGCUAUUUUACAACGGCCCAAUGGGAACACCUCAGCCAGAAGAAAGAGAGGACUUCAUUGCACUGGAACUGAAAAAUGGAGUUCCUUUACUAAGUGUGAAUCAUGGCUCAGGGACUCUGACACUGCAGCUGCCUGCACGAGCCACCGCCACAGACCGUCGCUGGCAUCACCUCGACAUCAUUAGCGACGGCAAGACAGUACAGAUGAUUCUGGACCACUGUUCUGGGGCUGUGGUGAACGAGGUGGAAGGUCUGGGAGUGGAGAUGUUUGAGACAGAUCAGUCAAUGUGCAAAGCCUCUGGAGAGACUCCAGGCAGUGAGAGGUUUUUGGAUGUCUACCAGCCUCUCCAGCUGGGCGGUGUUAAAGAGACACACUCAUUCCACAGGUCACACCCACAUUACAAGGGCUAUGUGGGAUGCAUAAGAAACCUGGUGGUGGACAGCCAGGUGUAUGACCUCGGCAGCGCAGCAGAGAGUGAGAACAGUGUUCCGGGAUGUGCCCUAACUGACGGUGUGUGUCUGACCGCUGGAGGACCCUCCUGUGGGUUCCAUGGGAAGUGCCUGGGUGAGUGGGGCUCCUUCAGCUGUGAUUGCCACCCUGGAUACAGCGGACACAAGUGUGACAAAGCUCUGCCUGAGUGGUCGUUUGAGAAGGAAAGCGUGCUCAGGUACCAACUGAGAGGAGGGGGAAGUCCACGCAAGACUGAAGCUCACCUCCUGCUCAGGACACGCUCUUCCACAGGCACCCUGCUUAGCAUGGCCUCUCGCAACUCCAACGAGUUCAUUAUCCUGGAAAUAGUAGAUGGGUAUCUCAAUGUCCGUGCUAACCUUGGGGACGGCGCCAAUUCUCUUAAACUGAAAGGCCAGAGUGUAAACCAUGGCCAAUGGGUCCAGGUUAGCCUUCAUCGCCAUGACAACAUAUUUACUCUACGACUGGAGCAGGGUGGGGGAUCACGAGAGGUCACAGGGGUCCUGGGUCAGAAGAAGGAAAUAGUGGUUCAUCCCUCCAGUGUGUUUCUGGGAAACAGUGGCACUCCAAAUAUCCAUGGAGACUUUCAAGGCUGUAUGCGGGAUGUGAGGCUGAAUGGUCACUCUCUGCCUCUGGAUGGUCAGGGCACAGAGUUUAGUACAGUACUGGAGCGCUGUGGGGUUGUGCCCGGCUGCCACUCUGAUGCCUGCAGUGCCAAACCCUGCCUGAGCCCGCUGUACUGUGUGGACCUGUGGAGAAAACAUGAAUGCAGGUGUCCAGCUAAUCAGGUUGCGGUGAUGGAUGAGGUCACAGGUCUUUUGCACUGUGCCCCCUCUCCCUGCAGCCCCACCACUUGUCAUAAUGGUGGUACCUGCCAGGCCCACUCCACCAAGAGAUACCAGUGCCACUGUGCAGAGGGCUUCAGGGGCCAGUGGUGUGAGAUCGGCCAGAUCAAAUCUCUCCGCCACGCUGCACUCAGUCCGAGCUCCAUUCUGGCCAUCAGCAUGUGUCUGCUCGUCUUCUUCGCCGUGCUCGUGGCGGUGACCGUUUGGAACCAGAAGGGCAGUCGGAAUAAGUUCCGUAAGCGUGGGGUAUACCACAUCCCAGCGGAGCACGAGAGCUGGGAGGACAUCCGGGAGAACAUCCUCAACUACAACGAGGAGGGAGGAGGAGAGCAGGACCAGAAUGCCUAUGACAUCACAGAGCUGAAGAGGCCGCUGUGUUCCAGCCUGUCCCAGUCUUCAUCCUGCACCACCGCCCCCCUCAUCAAGUCCUCUCAGGGCUCUCAGGAGGAGGUCCACCCCUGUGGAAACAUCGUAAAUGGAGCUAGCGUACCCUACCACCACCACGCCAACUGUACUGUCCAAUGCUCCAUGGACUUCAAAAGCUACGUGUCACGAAUCAUUUGGGAGGCCGACAACGACAGCCUGGCCUUCCCCAUGGACACCUACCAUGUGUAUAGCAUCGAGGGAACAGGCUCCACUGCAGGCAGCCUCAGCUCUUUGGGAUCUACCAUCUCAGAGGAGAACUUCAGCUACAACUCCCUACGGCACUGGGGCUCCAAGUUUGAAGGCCUAAGCGAGCUUUAUCGCCGACCAGAGCUGGGCAUCCCUUAUAUGGAUACGAUGCAAAACCAAAGCCAGGUUCUCCCUUUAAACCAGAGCCUGGAACAGCAACAAUAACUCGACAACCCCAACACUUCAAGCCCAGGAUUUGUUUUGUGUGUUUGUGUUUUUCAGCCAUUAUUGGGUUCCAGCUUGAACACUAAAAAAAAAAAAAAAAAAAAUUAAAAAAAAAAAAAAAAAAAAUAUAUAAUAUAUAUAUAUAUAUAUGUCUUAAGAAACUGUGUUUCUGUACACUUGUGAUACAUUCACAAAGCUUUAAAGGUGAGGAGCAACUGGGGUGGGAGAAUUGAUUUGUUUUAUUUAUUAUUUAUUUUUUUCUCUGAGAUGUUCUUCAAAUAGGGAACAAAGCCAGCAAACCACCACUUGUCCUGUCAUUAUGAACAUGGUAUGGAUUUAAAUCCAGUGUGUCACAACAAAGGUGCAUUUCAGUGAACACACCCAGACCAAACAUGUUCCUGCAUUAUAAAAAAAAAAAAGCUAGGCAACUAAUGGAACAGAAUGCAGGUGUUUCGAGGUGCGUAUUUAAAAGUUCAAGUUCCUUUCAAGACGGUGUUCCUGCACAGAACACUGAUAAAACAGCAAAAAACAGCAUCUGUCAAGCACGUUUACAUAGAAAGACAUUUUUUUUAAAAGCGCAAAAACAUGUUUGGUGUGAACCUAAUGCUGCAUUCCAUUCAACUCCAUUUCCAAAAUUCUGAUUUUUGUACAGUUGCAAUACAACCUCACUUAACUUCGGACUUCAAACUUGUUUGGAAAUCUACAACUUCAAUUUAGCAGAAAUGUGGGUGUUUGAUUUCACAUGAACAUGACCUAUGGAGAUAAACAUCACUGUUGCAUCAAGUGCAUCAACUAAUCAAAUUUCCUAUGUUUUCAUGAUUACACAAUCUGUUUAGCAGAUGUCUGCAUAUAAGAAAAUGCUAGAAAGUUGGCAUUUUAUUACUUUAUAUGUCAUCUUCCAAGCAUCGGACAACAGAACAUGGUUAUAUGGUUGGAAAUCUCAAGUAGGAAUAUUUCAAAUCCAACUUUGAAUGGAAUGCAGCAUUACUCCCAGUAGUUUUAAGAUCAGAGCAUAAUGUUUUGCAAUUCUACACUUGACCAAAACAAUCCUGUUUUAAUGGACCCACUUGCACUAUAGAUGAAUGCCCACUUCUGAAUUUUAAUUUGGAAGCAUACAUUUGCCAAAAGAGGGUUAUGAAGAAACUUAAAAACUUCAGAGGUGACUGAUGUGCCAAUGAAUCAAAAAUCUGCCCAUGCAAAGAGUGCAUAAAUUAUAUUACCUUCUGUCAGUGGCUGAAUAAUUUUUUUAAAUGAAAAAAUCUGCCAUGAAUAUUCAUUGCGUAGGUAUUUCUGGUGGUUUUGGGUUUCUUUUCUUUCUUACGGAAGCACUGAACCGCAAUGUGGGAAAAAAAAAAAAAAAAACAUUUUCACUAGGUGAUUUUUUGUUGUUGUUGUUGUUGUUCCUUUCUGCAAAUUAUUAUUUAGUUUUUUUCUCAGGCAAAAAAAUAAAAAAAUAUAUUUUUUCUCUCUGAAAAUAUUUUUUUUCUCUGAAUUUUUAUUUUAUUUUUUAUUUAUUUUUUCUGGGGGAAAAAAAUUCAGAUUUGUUUUUUCCUUUGACAUUUUUUUCUUUGUUUUUUUUUUUUUUUUUCUAAAAUUAGCAUGCGGUGCCAACCUCAGCCACCAGGUGCCACUAUCAGUAAGCAGGAAAUCUAAUGCUGACAAGGUGACUGUUGAUUUACAAACAAGAAUGUUUUGCUAAUCUUAAUCAAGAAAAAAAUUAUAUUAGAGAGUCUGUGUUGCCUCUUGAGGAAAAAAAAUUCAGAGAAAGAAAAUUUGAGAAAAAAAAUUCUGAUAAAAAAUAUAUUUAUGCCCGAGAAAAACAAAAGCAGAGAUUUUAUUUUAUUUAUUUAUUUAUGUUGGUAGGACAUAGGCUCAGAAAAGCACUACGACGCCUAAAUAAAUUCACCUAGUGAAUUUUUUUUUCCUUACGGAUCAGGGCUUCCAUACUUUCUCUUAGUGGGACAUAGUGUCAUAAUGCCAACCAUUUCUGACAGUGGUGUGCUGAAACAUGGUGACAUUGUCAUGGAUACCACCAGAUGAAUGUAGUGUGUUAAAUCAAAAUAAUGGGCCGGGUUGAGAAUCCACUGUGUGAAAGUAAAAAAAAUAAAAAUAAAUUAAUGUCAACAGACGCAGCGCAGAUACAAUCACAAAAAUGUUUAUAAAUAUUUAAAAUUGCAAUAUACUUACAAAAUAUCUGUAUAGCUCUAUUUUUAUUGAUGUGAAAAUCAAGAAUAUCUGUGUGCUAAAAUGUCUAAACUUUAUAUUUUGUAUAUUAAGUCAUAAGAGAUGGUUUCUCAUUUAGGUUGGCAAGGUAAACCCCUCUAAUAUCUGUGAAUUACAUACACAAUUCUUGUCAACCGUAUGUUUAUCGUAAAUGGCUGAACCUAUAUAAAGAAACAAAUUGAGGUCAGUUCACACAUGGCCACUUCCUUUUCCACAAGCUGGCCUGAGAAGACCAAGCAAGGCAAGUUCAUGCUGCGUGUAAAGCUAAUAACAAGAGCAUGAGGUCAUUGCCACAAUAGUUGAUAGAUGACAUUGAAUUUUCCUUACAGCACAUCACGGCCUUGUUGUCUGCUCAUUUGUAUUGGCUAUAGAGCCUUUGUCCAAGCCGUGUAAAUUAUGUAUAUAAAUAAAUACUUUUUCUAGGGACCUAACAUCUGAUUUUCCUUUUUGUAUAUGAAUUUUAAUAAAUGAAAUGUUUUC